AUGACGAUUGCACACUACAUGGAUCCAGAGCAAACCUCCUUCUCCGAACUCUACAAGUUCAAGCGCGGCUCGCGCGGCCCCAAAGGCUACCGAGGCUAUACCAUUCCUUUAGAGGUUCCAUUGAUAGAAGAGGUCACCAAGAAGCCCAGCAAAGCCCUGAACGGCAGCGCGAAUCGAGACGGUCUGAUGGAGAUCUUUUGGUCUCCCUUCUCCGUCCUACUGGUCUUUGUUCCGCUGGGUGCAUACUCGGCCUCGCAUUGGGAAGACGGCUGGACCUUCAUUUUGAACUUCAUCGCACUCCUACCAUUGGCCAAGAUUUUGGGAGAUGCCACGGAGGAGUUGGCGGUGGCCAUCAAGAACGAUGCAGUGGCUGGGAUGCUGAAUGCCACCUUUGGCAAUGUGGUGGAGAUGAUGAUCACAGUGAAUACCCUGCGGGCCACCAGGAUGCCUGUGGCGCAACGAACGGAUGUGGUGAAGUGCACCUUAUUGGGCUCCAUCCUUUCGAAUCUCCUGUUGGUGCUGGGAAUGUCUUUCUGUUUUGGUGGCCUUACCAAGGUCAAAGUACAGGCAGCCACGACAAUAGUUGGAGGGGAAAAGGAGCAGAAAUUUGCCAUGAAAGGCGUCACCAUGAGUAUGGGCUUGUUGACCUUCUGCUGCAUGUCGUUUGCGCUGCCCACCUUAUUUGCACAAGGAUACCAAAACCACCUGGGUGACCUAUUGGACGUCUCGCGCAAUGGCUCACUGUUGUUAGGUUCAGCAUAUCUGGCAUUUUUGUUCUUCCAGCUGGUUUCGCACAAGCAAACCCUCGAGACUGAAGAGGGUGAACUGAAGGAUGCUGAAGACGAAGAGAACGAGGAGCGGCCGCCAUUGUCCAUUUGGCUAUCGGUCUCCAUGAUGAUCGUUGUAACAGUGGUGACUGACCUGAUCUCGGAUUACCUCUGUGAAUCCAUCAAUGGAGUAACAGAGAACAUCAACGUGGCCUUUCUUGGCACCAUCUUGCUGCCCAUCGCCGGCAACGCCUGCGAACACCUGGGCGCUGUACGCUUCGCCAUGGACGAUAAACCCGGCCUGGCUGUUGGCAUUGCAGUGGGCUCAUCGACUCAAGUGGCACUUUUCGUUGUGCCCUUUGCUGUGAUCGUCGGGUGGCUGCUGAACGUCCCCAUGACUCUCGACUUUGGCCCAGUGAACACCGCCGUGAUCUUCUUCUCCGUGCUGCUGGCGACGGUGCUGAUGUCCGACGGUCUAGCUUCGGGUACGUCCGACCAGGAUGAAGUGGAUGUAGGUACUGUUUUGGAAUCUGCCGCCGAAGAUGGACGAGUGAUGCUGUGGCCACUGUCCAUCCGGGCCCUUGCCCGGUGCUACGUCCUACGGCCGCACGGCUGCCUUCUGGGUGGCCGCCAGUUACGCCCCGGGGAUCGCAGGGGAGCCAUUGUGGUGGCAGACCAGCUCGAGCAGGAGCGCUGGAGAGAGCAGCAGCCAAAGAUGGAGAUUUCAUGUGUAGCCAGCGAAGAGCUGCUAUUGGAGGCAUUCGUGCAGUUGGUCCGAGGGGCUGAUCCUGAUGUCUGUUUGGGCUGGGAACUGCGGAACCGCAGCUGGGGUUUGAUCCUCGGUCGAGCUAAAGCCCUGGGACGGAAGGACUUGCGUGCAGCAUUGUCGCGGGUGCCCCAAGACGCUUCCACCCUCCUGACCUAUGAGCCCAGUAGCGAACUGCGUCCAGGGCAGGGGCAGGAUCCAAGGACGUAUGAGUCUGAAAUGGUGGCACCCAGUGAACUUCAACUCCCUGGGCGAAUGGUGCUCAACGUGUGGCGUUUGCUGAUGCACCUGACCUUUGGUGCCAAGCUUCGAAGUUUCGCGCCACAGGAGGCGGCACGAGAACUGUUAGGCCGGGCGUUUCCAAAGUUCUCCUACCAAGAAAUGGACGAGCACUGGAAGGGCGAUUCUCCUACACGUCUGGCGCUGUUGCAGCAUGUGGCCGCGUUGGCAGCUCUAUCCUUGGAGGUGGCGGAUGCACUGGAGAUCUUCCCUCGUGCUGGCGAGCUUUCCCGGCUCUUUGGUAUGGACAUCUUGAGUGGCUUCACACGUGGCACACAAUUGCGGGUGGAGCCUGUGACCCCAGAUGUCUGCUCCAGUGGACUGCAUUUUGCUUUGAUCGAGAAACUUGUUAUGAUUUUGCGUCACAUUCUGAACGAAUGGAAUUUGAGCGUUGGUGGCGAGGCGCUGCAUGUGACUGUCUUGGCUCAAGUCUCAGAUCGGGGGGCUUCACAAGCUCUCAAGUUUCGGCCCGUGAUGGCCACUUUCAGCCCAUAUCCAGGCGCCUACCCUGGUCGCCGCAAUCCAGCCGGCAAGGCGCCACAGGGAUGGUCUGCUGCGCUGCAGACACGCAAGUAUGAGGAAGAGGCUUUGACACCAGUUCAAGUGAAGCGGGAGGCCAUUGCUGACAGAGCAAGUCCAGAGAGCGGAGGUGGAGGUGGAGGAGGAGGAGGUGGUGCCAGCUUGCCGUUCAUGAUCCAGAACCUGUACUUGGCUCCCUGCAAGACUGCCACUAGCACCGCAUAUACCAUGACCAGGCUACAGCCAAAGGACGUGGAGAAACCCUCCUGGGCACAUUGAGCACAGCAAGAUGCCUCGGGCUGAUGGGAAGAGUCAGAAACCAAAAGGGCGCUUGGGUUCUGUGAUCCCAAAGCAUGCUGCUCUCCGUUGCGCUUGUAGCAUAGUGAGUGCUUCUUCCGCGAACAACCGCACCGGCAUCCUUCGGUGAAGCUGGGAG